GCCAUCUGGCUCGACAGUGGGGCAUCGGGUCACCAGGUACAACAGCAGGCACCGGGUCAUCAGACAUUGGAUCGUCUUGCUCGACCGCGGGCCCCAGGCAUCAGGUCAUCUGGCUCGACAGCGGGCACCGAGUCAUCUGGCAAGGCAGUGGGCACCGAGUCACCAGGCAUGACAGCUGGCUCUGAGUCAUCAGGCACGACAGCGGGCAUCGGGUCACCAGGCAUGACAGCGGGCACUGGGUCAUCAGGCAUUGGAUCGUCUGGCAAGACUGCGGGCACCGAGUCAUCUGGCAAGACCGCGGGGCACCGAGUCAACUGGAGGAACAGCGGGCAUCGAGUCGUCUGGCAAGACUGCGGGCAUCGAGUCAUCUGGCAAGACUGCGGGCACCGAGUCGUCUGGCAAGACCGCGGGCACCGAGUCAUCUGGCAAGACAGCGGGCUCUGAGUCAUCUGGCAAGACAGCGGGCAUCGAGUCAUCUGGCAUAAUAGGAUCAUCAGGUUGGAUCAG